GGUUUUUGCCUUUUUCUUAUACGGUAUACUCGUUCACAUCACCCACCUAAGUGCAGAAUAUUGGUAAGAGAGACUGAGCGAGAGAGAAGAUGGCUUUGGAGGAAGAAGAACACGAGGUGUACGGAGGAGACAUCCCAGAUGUAGGUGAAAUGGAAGGAGACGUCGAUCCUCAUAACGCCGACGUCGAGAUGGCUACUGCAGACGAUGACGCCGUCAAGGAACUCGACGAGAUGAAGAAACGAUUGAAAGAGAUGGAAGAAGAAGCAGCAGCUCUUCGCGAAAUGCAAGCCAAAGUUGAAAAGGAAAUGGGUGCUGUUCAAGAUCCUGCUGGCGCAGCUGCUAGCCAAGCAAGCAAGGAAGAGGUGGAUACAAGGUCGAUAUUUGUUGGCAAUGGCGAUUCAAAUUUCUCUAUAGCACCAGAGUUUUUCUUUUUACCAUUGAUCAACAUGGAAGUUGUAGAUUACGCUUGUACCCCUGAAGAAGUUCAGCAGCAUUUUCAGACUUGUGGCACUGUAAACAGAGUGACUAUUCUUACUGAUAAAUUUGGUCAACCAAAGGGUUUUGCUUAUGUGGAGUUUCUUGAAGUUGAAGCUGUUCAAGAGGCUCUUUCCCUUAAUGAAUCUGAGCUACAUGGCAGACAACUCAAGGUGAUGGCUAAAAGGACAAAUGUCCCUGGAAUGAAGCAGUUUCGUGGGAGGCGUUUCAAUGGUUACAUGGGCUACAGAGGAUUUAGGAGGCCAUAUGUUCCUCCUUAUUUCUACUCCCCCUAUGGAUAUGGGAAGGUUCCGAGGUUCAGGAGGCCAUCACGUUAUAUGCCUUAUUACUGAAGACGAAUAGGAGGCUGCCAUCUGUCACUUGGUUAAUUGCAUGAGGAAAAAAGUAUUUCUAUUUCUAUUGAUAUUGCUAUUAUGACUUUUGGUUUACUGCAUGGUUGGGUAAUUAAAAUGGAAACAAGUUUGAUUGUCUUGAUCCUUUGUUUCAAAUUGUUACUUAUAGAUAAUAAUAAGAAAAAGAG